GUUCAGCUGCCCAUAUUAAGGGCAAGUCUUACCUGUAAGGCAGCCUCACUGGUGAUUCAGCGGUGUUUGUAAGGAAGGGAUUGUUCCCUGUGGCCGUGUGGAUGCAACCGUUGAUCAAAGAACAUUAUAGGGAAUAAUUCAGUUAUUUGGAUUCAUCCCAGAGCUCAAAUGUGCUGAACAACCAACUGCAUCUUCAUGGAGAAAAUUCAUUUUAGAAAAUACAUUUUUUUGUCAUUAAUACUGUUUGCAGUGAUUUGGAUGGUCUGUAAAGUUCCCUUAUGGGAAAAUCUGACUAUAUAUCCACAGUUAUGGGAAAAUAAAUUACAUCUAACCACCCUUAAUCCAACAUCUUCUACUGAUCAAGGAUAUGAGUUGACAAAGAGUUCAAUUGAGCUAAAUAUAAUGCCAAUUAAAGACACAAAGCAUUUCCUGGUUUCGGCCUACAAAGAUCACAGGAUUAAUGGAACCAUUCGUAUCAUUAGCAUAUUUAGGAGGGAUGAGGUCAGAAGACUGUAUUGUAUCAUUGGUUGUGCUCAACAUGGAUAUUUUAUUACAGCAGCAGAGGUCGACAUACACCGUGAUCAUUUUGGGUUCCCUUACCAGACCACAGACCUGCUGUGUAAAUCUGACCCAAAGUGUGAUGCUACAAAUGUCACCAUCAGUAAUUCUCCAUACACCUCAGACAUUCCAGAUAUGAUCUUCCUUCCCAUACGAAACAGAGAGAGGAAAGAGCACAACUUCAAACAUAACUUCACUGUCUGCAUCUCUACCCUUUUUGGAUCUUAUAACAAUGUACUGCAGUUUGUGCAGACCAUAGAAGUGUACAAGCUCCUGGGCAUACAGAAGGUGGUCAUCUAUAACACCAGCAUUGGUCCAGACCUCGGUAAGGUUCUGCAGUACUACAGGGAGGAGGGUACACUUGAAAUUCACCAAUGGCCAAUAGAUCAGUUCCUCAAUCCCUCCAAAGGCUGGAACUUUGAAGAGCAUAAAGGUGACCUCCAUUACUAUGGGCAGUUAGCUACUCUGAACGACUGUAUCUACAGAAACAUGUACAGAUCCAAGUAUCUUCUGUUGAAUGACAUUGAUGAAAUAAUUAUGCCUUAUCAGCAUGCUACACUGGAGCUUCUCCUGGAGGACCUGCAAAGGCAAAACCCCACAGUAGGAGUCUUUCUUAUUGAGAGUUAUGUUUUCCCCAAAACCGUCUUUGAUGACGAGGGCAGAUUCAAUUUAACACAGUGGAGAAAAGUUCCAGGGAUAAACAUCUUGGAACACAUUUAUCAGGAACCUGCCAAGAAAGAUAUUUUCAACCCCAGCAAGAUGAUCAUGAACCCAAGGCAAGUGGUGCAGACAUCAGUGCAUUCAGUGCUGAAGAAUUACGGAGACACAUUGAGAGUUCCAGCAGAUGUGUGCAGAAUGAUACAUGUCGCAGUUCCUCUGCAGGGGAAUCUCACCAAAGAGCAACUGAUUGUGGACAAAAAACUGUGGGAAUAUCAGAAGAACCUUCUGCCAAAGGUUGACAGUGUGCUGAAUAAAUCAGGGAUCUAUGACUAAAGCAUUUUGAUUUCCACAACCUUUUUGUUUUCAUUUGUCUUUUUUUACACAUUUCUCCUACUCUAGCUAUUAUAGGUGGGACAACACUGGACAACAAUUUUACUUCAUGAACAAUUAAGAGUGUAUCUUAUAUAGUUUGGACGGCUGAUAUCACAUACAUUUUUGUUGAAAUCUUCUAUUUUUGUCCACCCUUCAAGAACAGGCAGCACACAAAUAUAAUAAUUCACAUUGCUAAUUUUUAUCCCAAGGUACAGUUAGCAACAGUCAAAAAUAUUGUGAGAAGAGUAGAGAGUGACCUCUCAUAGUCAGGGAAACAGAUGUGUCUAAUGCAGAAGAUGCUGCUAAUGCAGACGUUGCCGCUAAUGCAGACGUUGCCGCUAAUGCAGACGUUGCCGCUAAUGCAGAAGAUGCCGCUAAUGCAGACGAUGCCGCUAAUGCAGAUGUUGCCGCUAAUGCAGAAGAUGCCGCUAAUGCAGACGAUGCUGCUAAUGCAGAUGUUGCCACUAAUGCAGACAUUGCCGCUAAUGCAGAAGAUGCCCUUAAUGCAGAUGAUGCUGGUAAUGCAGACAUUGCCGCUAAUGCAGACGAUGCUGCUAAUGUAGACGUUGCCGCUAAUGCAGAAGAUGCUGCUAAUGCAGACGAUGCCGCUAAAGCAGACGAUGCCGCUAAUGCAGAAGAUGCUGCUAAUGCAGAAGAUGCUGCUAAUAUAGACGUUGCCACUAAUGCAGACGUUGCUGCUAAUGCAGACGAUGCCGCUAAUGCAGACGAUGCUGCUAAUGUAGACGUUACCGCUAAUGCAGAAGAUGCCGCUAAUGCAGAUGUUGCCGCUAAAGCAGACGAUGCCGCUAAUGCAGACGAUGCUGCUAAUGCAGAAGAUGCUGCUAAUAUUGACGUUGCCACUAAUGCAUAUGAUGCCGCUAAUGCAGAAGAUGCUGCUAAUGCAGACGUUGCCACUAAUGCAGAAGAUGCCGCUAAUGAAGACGUUGCCACUAAUGCAGACGUUGCCGCUAAUGCAGACGAUGCCACUAAUGCAGAAGAUGCUGCUAAUGCAGGCGUUGCUACUAAUGCAGAUAAUGCUGCUAAUGCAGACGUUGCCACUAAUGCAGACGUUGCCACUAAUGCAGAUAAUGCUGCUAAUGCAGACAUUCUCACUAAUGCAGGUGUUGCCGCUAAAGCAGACGAUGCUGCUAAUGCAGACGAUGCCAAUAAUGCAGAUAAUGCUGCUAAUGCAGACGUUGCCACUAAUGCAAACUAAUGCAGACGGUGCUGCUAGGGCUUUAAUAAUCAGAUGACAGCAAUCCUCUAACUGCGCGUCUCAGUGCUCCUCUGCAUAUGCAGCUCCUGUAGAACAUGAGACUCCGCAGUGCUCAGAGACGUUAAGCAUGCUAUCAAGGAAGACCUUCAGAAAAGAUCCACUAGUCUGGAGGAAAAGAGUAUUCUUUAUACAGCCUCUGCUCUUGGGCCACGUUUCGAGACUUUGCCUUUGCCUCUUUUACUCAAAGAGGACGAGAGACUGGAGGGCUACAGAAGAGUGUGUUUUUGAGGCUGCAUCACUACAAAUUUAAUUUUAUGUAUAAUGGUGAAUUGUCAUUACAAUAUUGAGUAGUCAAAUAUGGCUUUGAUUUUCAUUAAAGACUAUAUUUCUUUGGGCUUGUUACAAUAAAGGUGUUGGAAUGUUCCUGAAAAUGG